UGAAGUUAUAGCAUCUUCCUUAACUUCUUAGACUAGGCUACAACUUAUAACUGCUAUCAAUAAAUACCAUAUUUACUUACUGUGCAUUGAAUUGAGCAAUUUGGGUCUUGUUUUAAUUCCAUCUGCAGCGUCUUUGAAAGCUUACCCACGAUCCCACUUUCUUUCCUUGCCAUUUUCACAUGACCCCGUGUUCCUCGCACCCCACACGCUUCAAGAAUCUCGCCACAGUAGCAGCAAGACUUGGAAUUCUUCUUCAUCCUAGUAGCACGUACUAUUAAUUAAUCGGCCGAGGAAAAAAGGGUUCGAUUCUUAUCCCAUUGAUGCCAAAGAUCUGAGCUUUUAUCUUGAUGUUUGAACUCUAUAGCUAGGAUAGACGAGUAAUUCGUCCUUAAUUCGUGAGUUGAGCUCGGAAAUUCUAGAAUUAUGCAUGGGCUUAGCCGCCUGGGCAACGAGGCGAGCUCUUUAUCUCCUCCAUCGUCUCCCCGCCACCGCGGUAGAAAAAGCUCCAGCUCCGCCAUCAAUUCCAGCGCCGGCGGGGGGAGUUUCCGCAGCGGUGGCGGCCCCGGCGGUGGGAGGGUGCAAUUGAAGAAUGUAGUGGAGAGAUUUGGGUAUUUUUUAAUUUCAGCAAUGUAUAGGAGAAGAGGGGUGCUUUUAGUUGCUCCCUUGCUGUACAUCUCUGUGAUGCUUAUGUAUUUGGGUAUAAUAGGGUUGGAUGUUGUGAAUAAUUUUAGUAGUGGUGGAGGUGAUAAUGUCGGCCCGGGUUCCGUCUACCGGAGCCCUGAGGUUUUUGAGAAGCUUUGGCCAUUUAUGGAGGCUGAAAGCAACAGGACCUCUAAUUUGUUAAUGAAUGUUUGGAACCCGAAGCGGCGGCAAGGUUGGAAGCCAUGUAUCACACAAGCUUUUCCUUCCUCGGGCUUGUCUGAGUUACCCAAGUCAAACGGUUACCUUAUCAUUGAAGCAAACGGUGGGCUGAAUCAGCAGCGUAUAUCGAUAUGCGAUGCCGUUGCAGUGGCUGGCUUACUGAAUGCAACGCUUGUUAUUCCCAUAUUUCAUUUGAACAGUGUCUGGAAAGAUUCCAGCAAGUUUGGUGAUAUCUUCGAUGAGCAUUUCUUCAUGUAUGCCCUCAGAAAACACGUUAAUGUGAUCAGAGAACUUCCGGAAGAUAUACUCCAGCAAUUUGAUCACAACAUUAGCAGCAUAGUGAAUUUGAGGAUAAAAGCGUGGUCGAGUCCGACUCACUAUCUUGAAAAGGUUCUACCAAAGCUGCUUGAGUUGAAGGCUGUGCGCGUUGCGCCAUUCUCUAACAGGUUGGCUCAUACAGCUCCUCCGGUUACCCAAGGGCUUCGAUGUUUAUGCAAUUUUGAAGCGCUUAGAUUUUCAGAGCCCAUACGAAUGCUAGCUGCAAAGAUGGUUGAUCGAAUGGUUAAAAAGAGUUCCAAAAGUGGGGGAAAAUAUGUAUCGGUGCAUCUUCGAUUUGAAGAGGAUAUGGUUGCAUUUUCAUGCUGCAUAUAUGAUGGUGGUGAAGAAGAAAGACGUGAAAUGGAUGCUGUUCGUGAAAGAAGUUGGAGAGGGAAAUUCCGUAGGAAAGGUCGGGUAAUUAGACCGGGUUCCAACCGUGUAGAUGGAAAGUGCCCUCUAACUCCCCUUGAGGUGGGGAUGAUGCUAAGGGGUAUGGGAUUCGACAACAACACAUCUCUCUACGUCGCUGCAGGAAAAAUAUACAAAGCGGAGAAGUAUAUGGCUCCCCUAAAACAGAUGUUUCCACUUCUAGAAACUAAGGACACGCUUGCCUCCCAAGACGAACUUGCGCCAUUUAUGGGCCAUUCGUCGAGGCUGGCAGCGCUAGACUACACAGUUUGCCUUCACAGCGAAGUCUUUGUAACAACCCAAGGCGGAAAUUUCCCCCAUUUCCUGGUCGGUCACAGACGCUACUUCAACGAAGGACAUGCCAAGACGAUAAAGCCAGACAAGAGGAAGUUAGCACAAUUAUUUGACAGGCCGAGUAUCAGAUGGCUAGACUUUAAACGACAACUCCAGGAUAUGCUUCACCACAAUGAUGUGAAGGGGAGCGAGACGAGGAAGCCAAACAACUCCCUCUACAUGUAUCCUAUGCCAGAUUGCAUGUGCAAGAAAUCCGAUGCCCGAAUUGGAUAUGGCGGGAAUGCAACGAGAACUGCCUAGCUAAUUUCAUGGAACAGUAAGGCCCCUGAACUUAUUUCAUUCUUAAUUGCAUUGAAAUUCUUUUGCUGUUGCUAUAUAGGUAACAUUUUGUAUCUUACCAUUCAUUCAAUUAUGUGUAGUUUUUUCCAAGUCUGUUCUUUGCUGUGAUCAUCAUGUUUUUGCAGUGCACUGCUUGAAAGAACAUUCUUUGUAGAGUUAGGUUUGUUUGUUUGUUUUUUAAAUGUAAGCAAUACACAAAUUUAGUUUGAAUGUUUUGUACACUCUGUCGCUGUUCAUCAACAAGAAUUCAAGAUCUAAGCUAGGUGGGUGGUGUUUUUA